CCAUCUCUGCACCAGGAUGCUAGAAACAUAACUUAUUUGGGCCAAGCUGCAAAGUUCCUAGAAAGGAUGUUCCAUAAGGCUACUAAAUCAUUGGCUAAACAACUAGACCCAGAAGGAGACUUGAUCCCAGUACGCUGCCUUCUAGACCAAAACCAUUUUGGACCUCUGUGCCUGGUUCAAAAGAAGUGCAAGGACCCCUUGUGGCGGAAGAGCCGUUACCAUAAAACUGACUACAAACUACGUGAUGUCCUCUUGACAGGAGAACCUGCUUCACAACCAGAUAUCUAUGAUUCGGACUCAUUCACUAUUGUGGACCACGUGGAUGGAAAAUUAGAGGGGGAUGUGACUGCGGCUAUUGACCUGGCAACUGUGGAAAUUAAGAGCAGUUCCAGCACGUCUCAUGCAAGGUCUGUGAAAGUGAAAAAGCGGCACAUCAGUCGCCAAGUUCUCGAUUCUCUACAUGGAAAGAGCAAAAUCAACUUGGAUCACCCGCUUAUUAAGCAGUCAGAGAAGUUCCAAAGGGAUCUGUACAUCAUCACUGAGACAGUCGAGACUGUGGAAGCGGCCGAGUUUAGAGACUCCAGCAAAACAGAAGGCAGCGUCCUCGCUGAACUCCGCCUCAAAAUGAAAUUUACGGGCCUCAGAGACAGCAAGAAAGCAGUAAUCGUCCCCAAGGCCUGCGCCCUGGCAUUCAGAGUCAAACGAUUACUAAUCAGAGAAGGAUCCUUGGGUGUUUCAAUCUUUCCAGAUGACCGAACACAAACUUUCCGUUCAUGCAAACCUGGAUAUCAAUCUGAUGCAGUGCGGAUAGAUAUGAGAAGCAAGACAAAACACCAGCUGAUGGAAAUUCAACAGGAAUGCGCACCGCUCCUUUCAUUGUCCACAGAUCUGUGUGGCAAGUUUUUAAAUGGCUUUUUGGCUAUAAUCAGAAAUAAUGACCUUUUGCAAGAACUAGAACUCCAGCUGGAGCAGGCUCUUGAUGGGAUAAAUCCAAUCAAGUUGAAGACUAGCAGACCAGAACUGCAGGAACUGGUGGACAACUUACAAGAUUCCACUGGCUCCAUUUGCACUGACGUUGCUGGAUCAGUCCUGUACUUUCUUCAAGCUCUGGAUGAAUUGUCAGAAUCUGAGUUGUUGCUUCUGGAAGAAUCUGUGGAGAGGAAAAUUGUGCCCAAGCAGACUGCACUGGUACAAUGCAUCCUAGAAGAAGUCAACAGUAAUAAAGAAUGGAAGCUCACUAUAGAAACACAGAAAGUCUCUCCUUUCAUCGAAGACGAGCUGGACAUAACUGAGGCUAUGAUCAAGUCAUGUGGAGUGACAGUCCAAAGAAGCGGAGCCGGUCUUCUUGUGACUGGAAACCCUGAUGCUUUUCUGGCCCUGAGUGCGUUGUAUGUUGCUCUGUAUGUGCUGAAAAUUCUAUCUGGAUGAGAGGAUGGCUAAUAUUUCAUCUGAACAGGUUUUAUUAAUCUUAUCCAGUUCAGAUCCCAUCCAUGUGAACGUGGCUAGGAUUUUUUUGCCCCGCUAUGCAUGACUUUACGUUUACAUUGAUCCUUGUGAUAGAGAGAUCAGAGUGUGUAGAUGUCUGCACAGGUUUCUUGGAAAGCACCGUUAGGCCAAACAGAAUAGCACCCUUCUAAGUCCAUUGAGGUCAACAGACUAAGUAGGGUCAGAAUAUGGUAUCAAAAUAAAGACAAAUUAACCAUGCCACACUCUCAACUCAGCACCUUCAUAGGACAACAAUGUUUUCAACCAGCCAAAGAGCAUAACACUUACCUUACCUAGAAGCUGACAGGCAUCACCAGAAUAGUCGAUGUCGUUUGUAAAAAUAAGCUCCUCAUGAAACCUGAAAUAGAAAAGCAACACGAUAUUAAGAUUCGUUGGUUUGAAUACCUACAAUUGAGGCACCUAAUAGAGUCUACGGGAUUUAAGCAAACAAUUUCACUCCCGAUUACGGACUUUGAACGUAUUUUAUUUAAAGGCUACAAAAAAAAGAGGUUUAAUUUCCAAAAUAUACCAAAUCCUACUAGAAAAUUCCAACACGAAAAUAAUGAGCUAUCAAUCAGCUUGGCAUUCAGACCUUAAACAAACAUUUAGCAAUGACCAAUGGGAAACUAUUUGAAAGGCUCAAAAUAAUAUCUCGAAAUCCCUAGAGAUUCAAGAAGCAACAACAAAAGUGCUUCUGAGAUGGUACCUGACACCUGCAAUACAUUCCCAUACAGUUCCACAAGCUUCCACAUUAUGCUGGAAAUUGUGCGGAAAAAGAGCUGACUAUUUCCAUACUUGGUGGACCUGUAAGUAUAUUUCAAACUUCUGGAAGUCUGUUACAAAACACAUUCAAAUACUUACCGGCUAUGAAAUACCUCUUGACCCGAAAAUCUUGCUUGUAAACCUUUGGCCAGAUGAAAGCCCACCUAUCAUAAGGAGAAAAUUAUUUGACAUUUUAAUAAUAGCGGCAAAAGUUACAAUAGCUAAAAGCUGGAAAGACCGCCACCCUCCUAACAUUAAUUAAUGGUUUAACAAAAUAUGGGACUUUUUAAUGUUGGAAACAAUUUCCAUAUACAACACCAAUGACCAAAAUUAAUGUGAAAUAUACAAUCCUUUGAGCAAAUGGUACCCUAUAUUAGAAAAAAUAACAUUUCAUAAAUAUAACUGGGAAAGCAUUA